GAGUGUGAUACACUCUGAACACACACACGCACGCACAUGAUAUAAACUGACUGAAGCUAGCAGCAAGAUAGAAUCAGACUGUGCGCGUCUCACCGCCUGUUGGCGCACUCGGUGCAAGUUCCGUCUAACGGAGCUCCUGCGAGAGAGAAAGAGAGAGAAAAAAGGGGAGUUGCUAUUGCGCAGACUCGUAGGAAAAAAGGGGGAGGGCCCGAAGGGGGACGCAUUAUUAUCACGGGUUGCUAUUCUAUGGCUUGCGAUAUGAGCGACCUCAUAUGAUAAGAAACUUGUGCACCGGAAUUAGUUCAUCCAGGCGUAAAGAUAUUCCACCCUUUUUAGCUCCACUCAUUUUGGAAGCGAGCAGCAGAUUCGACUAUUCUUCUUGGUGUAAUUGGACCUGCUAUUCAGCCAGCCCAUGUGGUCAUGUCUUUGUUUCUCUUCAGUGUGAUUGGCAGGCGUGACAGUGAUUGACACAGUCCCCUUGGUGAUGGUCCAACAAAUUGCUCCUAAGCCAAUCGAAAACCAUUUAUCCAACAAAUGCUUAGCAUGAUAGCAGUGAUAAUAUGAGUUGUGUCACAAGCCGGGUCUGAUAAAAACUGACACAUAUCUCAGCCCAUAGACACACCCCAGCAUUUAGCUCAAAUGGUUUGGACGGAGUCGGAAACAUCGCCAAGCGACCGGGGCGCUAUGAGAGCGGCCCAGGCGCUGGCGCAGUAUUACAGUAUGCAUGAUCCACGAAGUAGUGAAGGCUUGGCAAGAUUAGCCCACAUGUAUAGCAGCAUGCAACCGUUUGUGCCCUUUCCUGCCGCAGCGCCGGGCGGGACACUUUUCCCGCUCCCGACAGCCCUACCGACCCUCUGCUUCUCCCCAACUCAAAUUGCCAGCGUUUGUGAAACUUUGGAGGAAAGUGGAGACAUCGAGAGAUUGGCCCGAUUUCUAUGGUCCUUGCCCGUUGCUCCCGGGACUUGUGAGGCACUGAGCAAGAAUGAAAGUGUUCUACGCGCAAGAGCCGUCGUCUCCUUUCAUCAAGGCAACUACCGUGAACUUUAUCAUAUUUUGGAGAACCACAGAUUUACUAAGGACUCUCAUGCCAAACUUCAGGCCAUGUGGUUGGAAGCUCACUACCAAGAAGCAGAAAAACUCAGAGGAAGACCACUGGGUCCUGUCGACAAGUACAGGGUCAGGAAGAAAUUCCCCCUACCAAGGACCAUUUGGGAUGGAGAGCAAAAAACACAUUGUUUCAAAGAGAGAACACGGAGUUUGCUCCGAGAGUGGUAUCUUCAAGACCCUUAUCCUAACCCUACCAAAAAACGUGAACUGGCUCAAGCCACAGGACUUACACCGACACAGGUCGGAAACUGGUUCAAAAAUAGGAGACAACGAGAUAGAGCUGCAGCAGCUAAAAACAGAAUGCAACAGCAGCAACAGCAAGCACUGCAGAACUCGAGCGUGUCAAACUCGGCCCACUCGCCGCCGCUGGCCGAGGGAGCAACGUGCUUACUCAGUCCCAACCCCGAUAGCCCUUCACCGCGAUCAUUAGCCGACUCGCCACCGCUCGAUUCCCCGCCUCCACCGGGCUACCACGACGACGACGAUGACGACGAUGUCCACCAUCGCUGAAAUAAUCAGCUGAGAGCUGAAUUCAUCAAUGGAAAGAACAUUUAUUUACCCUUUCCUCAUCAACUUUCUUGUGCGUGCCAAUGCGUCAUGUUAUGAGGUAAAGUGGUAGAAAGAAGGAACUGAAAUCUACAGUACAUGCCGAAUUGCUGAGGGGCAUAAAUCUGUGACAGCUUUGUAUAUAGGAGAUACAACAUUUUAUAUUCCAAAGGAUAAAUGAAGCUAGGACAAUCUAUGGCGACUUUUAUGUAAUUACAAUCAUCAUGCAACUCAUCAAGAUAAAUACUAUUUUCUUCAUGUUUUUCAUCAUCAGAUUAUUAGGACACAAGGGUACAGAUUUUGAAUUGUGGCCUGAUGUCUACGAUUGAUAUUUUAUCACAGUUAUAUUCUUCUGUGAUUGGUGGUUUAUAUGAAUAUUUCACAAUUUUAUUUGAAAAAAGGAACACCUACUGUCUAAAUCAUACACAAUUUACGUUCGCUUGUUUUCACAGCGGGCAGAGGAAAAAUCCUACAAUCCUAGUAUUAAAUCGACGAUCACUUUUAAUUAAUAUUCAUGAAGCACCCCACCUACGGGCAAUCGUCUUCUACAGUUACCCACCCCUGUUUCUCCAUUCUAUCCAAGCCCUCUUGACGAAUAUUAUAAAUAUUCACGCUCUCUUUGCUGUGUGUUCAUAAGCUUCUUGUGUCUCAAUCAAGCUUCUAGAAGUGGGCUAUAAGCCUGUUAUUUUUGUCAUGAUUGUCCUCUUUUGACGUGUUGAGAGGGGGAGGAUUGAGGGAAGGAGGGGGGGGGGGGGGUAGAAGGGAUAUCAUGUGCCCCUCAGCUUCUCUCCUUAUCCUCCCACUCUCCUGCUUUCAAAUACUACAUCGUAUUUUAAUAUAGUCGUAUCUUGCCCAAUGUAAGAUUAUAUCAUGUACCAUCAUGCCAUUUUCAUUGCAUAUCAUUAUAUUAAAUGGGAUUAUCGUUUCUGCAUUUAAAAUCCAAUGGCCUUAAUGGAUAGAAUGCUAAUUGACACGCUCACUUGUUAUAUUUUUGAUAGGAUUAAUCACUUACAACCUGAUGCUCCUGUUGUAAUGAAAAGGGAAUUAUUGCUCUCAUCUAGGUGUUAUGCAAAUAGGAAAAAUACAUACUUAUUUAUAUCAAUGAAUGUAUGGAAUCCAAUCUGUGUUUGAAUUGUGAUUUAUGUCAUAGAAGGUGAUCGAACAAGGUCUGGGGAAAUGAAUCGUUGGCAAUUUGCUGAAUUGCUUUUGUUUCUUUUCAUCCUUGAUCGGUUGUUCAUCAAUCAGUGUCAACUUUUUAGAAAGCUCGAAACCACAGCCCGAUUUGUCUUAAAGAUGAGGUAUUAGGCCUACUGUUUUCUUCUUUUUAACAAAAAAUAAAUUAAAAUGCGAUAUAUUUUAAACGAUUUUGGCAACUAAAUCGUGUAAACGUAAUUAUAGACCCAAUUUAGCUUCGUGUGAUGGAACAUGGGUUCCAAGACCAUGAUGGAAGCUGUUUGUUAUAAUUGCGGUUAUGUAACAAAAACAUAAAAUGAUUUAAGGAGAUUUAAUCAUCGUUUACUUGUAAAUGAAUAUCGUCGGGACAAUAAUGAUUUUUAUGGCAUUUCUUUUUAGUUCGCUCAUUAUGUUAGUUGACAAAUGAAAGCUAAUUUGGUAUUGUCAUUUUACUUCCUAUCAUGAUUAUGAUUACUUGGAUGUAUAUUCAUCAUUUUCAUGAAUGUGCAAGAUAUGAUUCCAACAGUAGAACGACACAGCAAAUUAGUGGUAAUCAAAAGAUUAUUACGAAACCAAAGCAUAUGGCAAACCAUUAACCUCACAAGAUCUGUAAUUCAUAUAAAUCUCAAAAGAGUGAUAUACUAGAAUGCAUGGUCUAGUAUGCAACUCACCUCCAAUGUAUGCACUCUUUUUCAAAGACAAUGGCGUCGUUUAUUCCACCAAGUGGAACCCCUAACCCCAUUAGGAUGAGAUUUGUAAACAUUCUAAACCGAGAUGACUUGCUAUCCGAGUGUAACCUUUCCGAUAUUGAUGGGCGAGUUGAAACCGCGUGUCAAGACUAUGUCCAAUACGGCGACAUUUUACACGCAGAUGUCGUACUUUUGGCGCCAUUUAUGUAUCGUCUGCACUGCGAUGAAGGGUCCUGUGUAUGCUUUCUAUUGCACCGUUCACGAUGCGUUUUUUUUUGUCUGACAUAUUUUCAUUAGACAAUGAAAUACCAACCAUUCUGACUCGAUUAACAGGUGUCUUAACAGUAAAGCCAAUGUUAAGUUUAUUCAUGUGGAGUCUUCUUCAUGCGCCAUUCUUUGAAUUUGUAACAUUUUGUGUCAGUUACCUCCGCUCUGAAAGUGGCCACUCCACUGAAUAUACUUAUUUUCAAGACAUCACGCGGUAAAAAGUAUAAUAAUGAAUUAAUAUAAUAUGUAUUGGUUUAGUGCAAUUUGUUAAACAAUGCCAAAACGGCGGGAUCGCCACAUACCAUGCGUGGCAAUCACUUUCUAUGAUUGUCUUUGGGAAACACUAAUGAUUUCCUAGAUAUAUCUAUGUUAUCGUGGGCAUUUUAUGCACCUAGUUGUAAAGAUGUCACUAGGAGAAAACAUCAAAUCUCGUUAGAUAUCAUUGUUGCUGUAAAAACGAUUCUUCACACUAUUGUACAGGAUGUAUGCGAUGAACAGUAUCAACAAUGUGUUGAAAAUUCUAAAUAAUUAUUGCCAACA